AUCACAAUCAAAAUCACAAGACACAGGAAACGCUAUGGGACACCUCAAAAGUUUCUUCAUGCUUCUCUUCCUCGCAAUAACUAUGUUGCCGGCAGUAACGUUUGCCGGUAAUAUAACAGCAAUCAUCGUGUUUGGCGACUCCACUGUUGACGCGGGAAACAACAAUUAUAUCCCAACGGUCGCAAGAAGCAACUUUGAGCCAUAUGGACGGGACUUUGUUGGUGGGAAGCCCACCGGAAGGUUUUGUAACGGAAAGAUUGCGACCGAUUUUAUGUCGGAAGCCAUAGGGCUUAAACCAACCAUUCCGGCGUACUUGGAUCCUGCUUACAACAUUUCAGAUUUUGCCACAGGUGUCACUUUUGCCUCAGCUGCCACCGGCUAUGACAACGCCACUUCUGAUGUUCUGUCGGUUCUACCGUUGUGGAAACAACUUGAAUACUACAAAGAAUACCAAACAAAACUAAAAGCGUACCAAGGAAAAGACCAAGCCACAGAGACAAUAACCAACUCUCUCUACCUUAUAAGCAUAGGGACUAACGACUUUCUCGAGAACUACUUUGCCUUUCCGGGCCGUUCAUCUCAAUACUCGGUUGAUCUUUACCAAGAUUUUCUAGCUGGAAUCGCCGAAGAUUUCGUGAAGAAGUUGCACGGACUUGGCGCUAGGAAGAUCUCACUAGGUGGACUGCCACCAAUGGGAUGCAUGCCUUUAGAGAGAGCCACCAACAUUGGCACGGGAGGUGAGUGCGUUGGGCGCUUCAACGACAUUGCGGUCCAGUUCAAUGGAAAACUUGAGAAUCUUGUUGGGAAGCUGAGCAAAGAACUUCCUGGUUCCAUCCUCGUUUUCUCAAAUCCCUAUGAACCAUUUAUGCAAAUCAUCAAGAACCCUUCCUCUUUUGGCUUCGAGGUGGCAGCAGCGGCUUGUUGCGCGACGGGGAUGUUCGAGAUGGGAUAUAGUUGCCAAAUGAAUAACCCAUUUACAUGUACUAACGCAGACAAGUAUGUGUUUUGGGACUCGUUUCAUCCAACACAGAAGACUCAUCGCAUCAUGGCCAAUUUUCUCAUGAACAACACAUUCUCUCAAUUUCUCUAAUGAUUUCUACGUGUGUGGAUACUGGAAAAUUGUGGGCAAAGUAAUAGUAAAAAUAGGGUGUUUAUAGGGCUUGCUUCCCGUAUUUUUGAUCUAAUAAACUAUGCACUUUGUAUGUAUUUAAUUAUACUUUGCUUUUGUGUAAAUAAGCGACACCUAUGUUUGUGUUUCAA